CCAGGAUCAUUGUUGAAAUGAUGAUCGGCGCAAGCACAGUCGAAGGGUUGAAUCAGUGCCAGAUAAGAAGCAUUUGCCUGAGGAAAAUGAGCCGAACUCCGCGACUGCCUGCGCUCUAUAAAGAGCCUGCUCAUUCCCAGCUCACCAGUUUAUUCUUCAUCAAUCCAAACCAUCCUCCCAAGAGAACCACAUUCAAAACAUCUCUCCCUCUGAUCUUGUUCUCAUCUCGGACACAAACUCAGUCCACGCCACCCCAAGCCCCGCAGAAGCCAAACCCAGCAACCAUGAUCCCCCCCACCCGCCUCCUCAGCACAGCCGCCCUCCUGGCGACCUGCGCCCGCGCCAUCGAGUUCAGCGUCAUCAUCUCCACCGCGGGCGACGACUGCGACCACAGCUUCGGCUCCUCGGACUACCACUACCUGGAGGUGGACGGGUCGCAGACGAUGGAGGUGCUGACGACGGCGCAGUGCCUGGCCGUGGGCGAGGACGAGUACGACGUCGACAUCGGCUGGUCCAACCUCAGCGGCCAGGACUACGUGCCCCCCAUCUACGCCUGCCCGGACAGCAGCUGCUCCAGCGGCUGCGCCCUGCUGUGGGCCGCCACCGAGUCCAGCAGCACCCAGUGGACCAGCUCGUGCGAGCACGCCUACAACGCCCCGUACCUGUUGGUGGAUGGGAUGCAGAAUCAGUGAACGGCCCCGAUUCUCCGAUCGGGGUUUGACUGCGUGUGCAGUUUGUGAGUGGACGGAGGUAGGGGCGCGGAGAGGGUGCGGUUAGGGGGAUGUUGGCUGAG